UACUCUGCUGCACACAAAAGGAAGGGCGUUGUCUUUUCUUCCAAAAAAAAAAAAAAAGAUAGCCUCCUCCUUUUUUUACCACACUUUGGAACUUCAGAGCACCGACAAGUCGUUUCAGCAGCCAACAACAUGACGGAGUCCGCAGAAGCCGUGGCCGCUGAUGUGGAGAGCAGGAGGAGCGUGACCAUCGAGAUCACCAAUUUGACCAACAACUACUGCCUCAUUAACCCCAAGGUGUACCUGGACAACGGCGAGGUCUACAACCCUCCUCAGCCCACGGUGCGCCCCCUGAAGGUGGAGGUGUGCACCUUCACCAAGUCCGGCGGCAAAGCCACGGGCGCCGUGGGCGUGCUGACCUACGACCUUUACGAGCGCUCGCAGAAGGACUACAUCGAGACGAUGGCCAUCAUGUUCUCGGUGCCGUGGGACUACAACUUCUACAAGAACUGGUUCGCCGUGGGCAUCUCCAAGAAGGGGCUGAAGUGCGACAAGAACUUGUUCAAGCUGAUGUACAACGAGAAGAAGCAACAGGAGCACGGGUUCGUGCGCGAAGAGUCCACGGGCACGGGUAUCAAUUUCGUGGGGAGCUACCUGGAUUUGAGAGCCACCAUGAGUCCCUUGGGCAAGGCCAUCAUGAAGGUGGAGGUGUGGGAUAAGAUGUUCACAGCCAUGGGCCAGCAAGCCUACUAGACGCCGUGCUUCUACAGCGACAUGCAUGGUUUAGCAGAUUUAUCCUGGCCUGUAUAGCGGCCUAUUAGCCUUGAGGAAAUCUUCUUAAGAUCACAGUUUAUUGUGUUUAUACAUCCAGGCAGCAAUCCGCCCUUCAAAGCUGAAGUCUCGUUCAAUAGCGUUCUGGUCUUUAGAAAUGGAAAUCAAAGCUGACUCACCGUCAAAGAUGAGGGCAGGUUGUUUAAUAGAAGCUUGUGUUGUAUUUACCUUGACACCGUACCCGCGGGAAAGCAAAAUAAACGUCUUUGUCCAAG